CUGCCAGCCAUAGAAAUAUAAUUUGACUCAGUAACAUGUAAUAACGUGAAAGGUUUCAUAUUAUAACGUGAUAUUUAUUACGUUAUAACGUGAUAUCUAUCACGUUAUUUCGUGAUACAAAACUAUUAUGUUAUUUCAUGAUAUGGUAGUUUCACGUUAUAUCGUGAAAUUAUCAUGUUAUUUCGUGAUAAGAAAUUAUCAUGUUAUUCCGAGAUAUGAAUCUAUCACGUUAUUUCAUAAUAUGAAAUUAUCACGUUAUUUCGAAUUAUGAAAUGAUCGUGUUAUUUUGUGAUAAACAUUUAUCACGUUGUUUCAUGAUAUUUUAACGUUAUAACGUGAAAACAUCAAUAUGGUUUUAUUUUGAUACACGGCCAAGCCAGCGCGCUUCCAUUUUACUUCACGUCGCCUCCAGCAGCGUUUGCUUGAGGAUGGCUGAAAAUGUGGAUUCUCCACUCUCGAGAUAUCUUCGAGGUCGGGGUGUUCCAGAGGACUGUCUCCUUCGAAUGGAGCAAGAUCAUAUUGAUGGCACAGUCCUUGAUUAUAUGGAUGACAACACUCUGGCUGACUACAUCCCAACUUAUGGAGACAGGAUUGCGGCAAGACGCUUCUGUUUGCAACACAGUGCCACUGCCAAAACAAAAGAAUCUGCAAAACAUUCAAUGCUGGAAAAACUGAAGAAAAAAAUGGGCAUUACUGUGAGUGAUGAUGAGAACAAUAACCAGGAGACAUCUACCAAAAGACAGAAAAGACAUUAUGCAAAAUGCAACAAAUUUGCAGAAAAAAAGACAAGAAAAGUGGAGUUGGGAUGGAUUCACGAAGGCAAGCAAGUCAGAAAACGCAAAAGAGGGGGGACAAGGACCCUUGAUGUACCCAACGAAUCAAAGAAGGCGGAUAUACUGCAGUAUGCCAAGGAUAUUUUCUUCCCAAAUGGAAAAAAUAAGCUAGGAAAGUUUGACACAUUUAGCUAUGACAUAGUAGAUUAUCAGGAAGAAGCUAUUUUUGAUGAUGCUAUUACAGUUGGGGAACUCUACAGCGUACUAAGAAUGGGAGUGUUGAGAUUCUACCUGUGCACAAAGGUUCCAAAAGAUGAGGAUGCUGAAGAAAGUGUCGCGGAAGAAUCAACAAUUAACCAACAAAUACAGAAUAGCAUGCGUGAAGAGGACGAGCAGCCUCUUCAAACUGUCGAUACAGAACCAUUUCUAGACACAUCUGUGGUGAUGAUUGGCCCUUUUCUCGGAGAACCCACGGCUGGCCAACUGGAUGACACGUUGUUAUAUCAACCUGACCUGCAGGUCAAUGAGGACACUGCCAUCAUAUCAGUCCUAUUCCCUAGUGCAAGCUCAGCACUCAUCAUUCCAGACACAGCAAGUGACAACUCAUCCAACAUGUCUCACUCCACAAGUGCAGCAAACAUUGCUCCCGAGUCAGCAGCUAUAGAUGAUGUAGCAGGUACCUCUACAAAUUCAUCUGUGAAUAUAACAAUUAAACUACACAGGGUCAAUCUUCUGGAAGAGAUGAUAGCCCAAUUCAAGGAUUCAGCACUUCUCAAGCACUCCCUUCGAUACACUUUCAUUGAUGAAAGAGGAGCCGACCACAAUGGUGUUUCAAGGGAUGUGUAUGCUGCAUUUUGGACACAACUUCUGGAUCACACAGCUGAAGGGGAGGACCUGAGAGUUCCAUCUCUGUGUCCUAAAUGGCAAGAGAAAGAAUGGAAAUCCAUUGGCCGAAUCCUCCUCAAAGGAUUUCAAGACCAUGGCUAUUUUCCCUGUCGCUUAUCCCCCGCUUUCGCAGUUUCACUCAUUUUUGGUGAGAAUGAGGUCUCAGAUGAUGUGCUUUUUUGAAAG